CGGACCUGGAUCCGGGACCGCCGCGCCUCACGGAGCUCUGACCUUGGACCGGGGCCCGAGAUGGGCUUCUAGUCUGCGCCGCCCCGGGCCGACUCAAGUCCCGGCAUGUUAGCCGCGGGUCCGAUGGACGGCUCCCGACAGAGCACCUUCCUCCUCAGCACCCCCCCUCUGGCGGCUCUGCACAGCAUGACCGAGAUGAAGACCCCGCUGUACCCGGCCUACCCGCUCUCCUCCCCCGGACCCAACUCCUCCACCUCCCCGGCCACCAGCUCGCCCAACCCGGGCGGCAUGGCCGUGUCCUCGCCGGGGAUCAAGUCCUCCACCGGGCUGUCGUCCGGCCUCGGUUCCCCGCAGCUCUGCUCCUCCGCGACCCCGCACGGGAUUAACGACAUCCUGAACCGGCCCUCCACCACCGUCGCCGCCGCCGCCGCCGCCUCGUCCUCGGCGGGGCUGCUGACCGGGCUGCCCCGCUUCAGCAGCCUCAGCCCGCCGCCUCCGCCCGGACUUUACUUCAGCCCCGGAGCCGCCGCGGUGGCUGUGGGCCGGUACCCCAAACCCCUGACGGAUUUACCGGGCCGAACGCCGAUUUUCUGGCCGGGAGUGAUGCAGAGUCCGCACUGGAGGGAGGCCCGGUUCGCCUGCUCGCCCCAUCAGAACUCGGUUCUCCUGGACAAGGACGGGAAGCGGAAACACACCCGGCCCACUUUCUCCGGACAGCAGAUCUUCGCGCUGGAAAAGACUUUCGAACAAACAAAAUAUCUGGCGGGUCCGGAACGGGCCAGGCUCGCUUACUCGCUGGGCAUGACGGAGAGCCAGGUGAAGGUGUGGUUCCAGAACCGCCGCACCAAGUGGCGGAAGAAGCACGCGGCGGAGAUGGCGUCGGCCAAGAAGAAGCAGGACUCGGAGACGGAGAGACUGAAGGGCGCGUCGGACGCGGAGGACGAGGACGACGACUACAACAAGCCUCUGGACCCGAACUCGGACGACGAGAAGAUCACACAGCUGUUGAAGAAGCACACGCCGGCCGCGGCUCUGCUCGCCAGCGCGUCGGAGACCGACAGCUCGUAACGGACCCGCGGCACCGGCUGCGCUUUCCCCCCUCCAUUUGAGUUUGCACGGAAGUGAGAGGUGAUGGACACCGACAUCCGACGAAGACGUGAC